AUGAUCCCAAAUCUCUCUAUGUACUAAAGUCAAGUAAUAUCAUUCGUAUAGCCAUUUUUAGACUAAUAAGUUGGAAACUUAACAGCAGUAGUUGUAGGAGGUCUUGAAUUUGUUCCAGGCUUGCCAAAUCUCAAAGUCAUAAGAACCCUCAGAGUUGUGAGACCACUUAGAAGUAUCAAAGCAUUACCUAGCAUGAGAAGAUUAGUACUUUCCUUGCUGAAUUCCCUACCUGCAUUGGCCAAUGUAGUUGUGUUCUUGUUAUUCGUUUUCAUACUUUUUGGUAUUCUUGGCAUAUAGUUAUUUUAAGGAGAUUUUUACUCGGUAUGCAGGUUAACUUAAUUUCCAGAUCCAGUGACAGGCUAUUGGCCAAUAAAUUUUGAUGCUAAUAAUCUAUGCACUGCAGACUCAGAUUGUCCUGCAGGAAGUUUCUGCGGAAGUUCAGAGGCUAUCAAUCAUUCGCUUGAUGUUGAUACUGAUAUUAAAGAAUAUGCAUUGAUUAACUAUGGGAUUACAAACUUCGACAAUAUCUAUACUGCAACAAUGACCAUCUUUUAAAUAAUCACAUUGGAGGGAUGGACCUAGCUAAUGUAUGAUUUGAGUGAUGCUGGCUAGCCAGUUGUUUCACCACUAUAUUUUUGUCUUCUUGUAGUAAUAGGCUCAUUUUUUUUGUUGAACUUAAAUUUGGCAGUUAUUAUGAAUGAAUUUACUAAGGUAGAUGAGAAAUUCAAAGCUGAAAUACUAUAACUUAAAAGUAAAAAUAUAAUGAUGGCAUCAGAAAGUUUUUAAGAGGAUAAUAGCUAAGGUAAUGAAAAUAAUUAAGAUAGAAAUAGAUCCAAAGAUAACUCAAAUCAGUCAGAAUUGAAAAAUUCUUCUUCAGAUUCUAGCAUAUCUGCUCCAUAAAAGAAGUCUUUUCGGAGAUCUAAAUCUUCUGGUUAAAAUCAAUCUAACUCUCUGAUCAUGAAGAAAGUUCCAAUUAGAGAUAGAGUUACACUUAAUGUUGUUGUUGAUCGUGAUUUUGAGUAAAGAGGAUCACAAAGAAUUGAUGAAUAAAGUGAGGAUAGCAAUAGGCUGAAUAAUAAGAAAACUAUGCCAGUGAAACUUAGCCCAGUUAGUCCAAAACUCCUUGGCUAAGGACUUAAAGAACUGUCUAAAGUGAGAGACUUUAUGAGAUCGCAAACGCUGAAAAGACAUUCAGCAGCUAAGCCUAUUACAGCCAGAUUAUCAAUAAUGAAGGAUCAAACUAUACUUGGUUAUAGUGAACCCCCAGGUAGUGCUGGAUUAAAACCUCGAAGAAAUACAACUAAGUAGAUUUCAAGACUUAAUUAAUCAGAUAUUAGAAUAGCUUCCUCCAGAAACGUAGGAAGGCACCUAAAUCCUAAUGAUAGAUAAUACGAUUUAAUGCUAGAGAAUACAUAAAGAGAUGAUCAAAGAAAUAAAUCUGAUUCAGAAUAAGCGAAUUAAAAUAGUAGUGAGUUAGAACUUCCAAAGAUAGAUGAAGCUUAAAGUUCAUUCGAUGAUAAUAAGAUUUUAAACAUUAAAAGUAUCGAAAAUAUUGAACAAAACAACUCGAAUAUCUUACUUGAAAAAAGUUUGCAAGAUUUGGAAAUGAAUAUAUAAGACAAUGAAGCAAAGAAUAUGGACAAGCUUAUCGAAAGAUCAAAUAGAAAUAUUAUAUUCAAAAUAUUCUAUCUUGUUUGCACACAUUGGCUAUUCUCCAUUUGCAUUCUAUCGUUAAUACUUGUAAAUACCAUAGUACUUGCUCUUGAUAGAUAUCCUAUUUAAUAAAAAGAAUUUUCUACACUAGAAACUGUUAAUGAUAUCCUGAGUUUGUGCUUUCUUGGAGAAAUGAUUAUAAAACUAAUUGGCCUAGGACCACUUGGAUAUACUUAAGAUAAAUUCAAUAUAUUUGACUGUUUGAUUGUAGUAAUAAGUAUCAGCGAACUCAUACUACAAGAAGCAGAGUUAGGGAAAGGUAUCACCAGUAGUGGAGCAAUUUCAGCAUUUAGAGCGAUCAGGUUAUUAAGAAUAUUUAAGUUAGCAAGAUCUUGGAAGAGUUUUUAGGAUAUACUGAUAAAAAUUGGUAGAACAUUUAAAGAUAUCUCCAACUUCAUAGUUUUGCUCUUCUUGUUUAUUUUUACUUAUGCAAUGCUAGGCAUGGAGUUAUUUGCCUAUAAAGUAAGGUUUGAUGAGGAAGGUAACCCUUUGAAUCUUGAAUCUUAUGGUGGAAUGUCUACUACAGUUGGUAAAAGUCCAAGAGAAAAUUUCGAUAAUUUCCUCAAUGCCUUUGUAACAAUUUUUAUUGUGCUUAUUGGAGAUGUAAAAGACUUAUAUAUUAAUAUUGUUUUAGGGUUGGAAUACAAUCAUGUAUAAUUUUGCCAGAUCAGUUGGAACAUCGACUGUACUUUUCUUUAUAAUACUAGUGAUCCUUGGGAAGAUGAUUUUGAUGAAUCUUUUUCUUGCUAUAUUAUUGAAGAAUUUUGGUGA